CCGCCCCGGCCGACAAAAGUCCCUUCAAUUCAGCCGGCGGCAGGGGAAGUCCCGGCGCCCGGCGCAGCCACCCUCCCGUGCAGCCGAGCCGCGCCGCGCUCCGGCCGCCCGCUCGGCCGCCGUCCCCGGCGGCCCCAUGCCCCGAUGCCCCGCGGGGGCCAUGGACGAGGGGCCCGUGGACCUGCGCACCCGGCCCAAGGCCGCCGCGCCCCCCGGCGCCGCGCUGCCGCUCCGCAAGCGGCCUCUGCGCGCACCGUCCCCGGAACCCGCCGCCCCCCGCGGCGCCGCGGGCCCAGGGGUCACCCCGGAUCCCCUAGGCGGCGGCUCCGACUCCCCGGCGGCCCCCGCGGCCCCCCACGGACUGGCCCGGCCAGAGGCGCUUUAUUACCAGGGACCUCUACUGCCCCUAUACCCGACCCCGACCAUGGGCUCCCUCUUUCCCCUCGUGAACCUGCCUACACCCCUGUACCCCAUGGUGUGCUCCAUGGAACACCCCCUAUCGGCUGACAUCGCCGUGGCCACCCAUGCAGAUGAGGACGGAGACACGCCACUCCACAUUGCCGUGGUGCAGGGCAAUCUGCCAGCUGUGUACCGGCUUGUCAACCUCUUCCAGCAUGGGGGCCGCGAGCUGGAUAUCUACAACAACCUACGGCAGACACCCCUCCACCUGGCUGUGAUCACCACACUGCCAUCUGUGGUCCGGCUCCUCGUGACGGCUGGUGCCAGCCCCAUGGCCCUGGACCGUCAUGGCCAGACAGCAGCCCACCUGGCGUGUGAGCACCGCAGCCCGACCUGCCUACGGGCGCUGCUGGACAGCGCAGCCCCGGGCACCGUGGACCUGGAGGCCCGCAAUUACGACGGGCUCACCGCCUUACACGUGGCCGUGAACGUGGAGUGCCCCGAAGCCGUGCUGCUCUUGCUGGAGCGGGGUGCAGACAUCGACGCGGUGGACAUUAAAAGCGGCCGCUCCCCACUCAUCCAUGCAGUGGAAAACAACAGCCUGAGCAUGGUGCAGCUGCUGCUGCAGCACGGCGCCAACGUGAACGCGCAGAUGUACUCGGGCAGCUCGGCGCUGCACUCGGCGUCCGGCCGCGGGCUCCUCCCGCUCGUGCGCACGCUGGUCCGCAGCGGCGCCGACAGUGGCCUCAAGAACUGCCACAACGACACGCCGCUCAUGGUGGCGCGCAGCCGCCGGGUCAUCGACAUCCUGAGGGGGAAGGCGACCAGGCCUGCUCCCGCAUCCCAGCCGGAGCCCUCGCCAGACCGCAGUGCCACCACCUCCCCUGAAAGCAGCAGCCUCCUCAGCUCCAACGGUCUCCUUUCUGCAUCACCCUCCUCCUCGCCCUCCCAGUCUCCCCCCAAGGACCCACCUGGAUUCCCCAUGGCCCCCCCCAAUUUCUUCCUUCCUCCCUCAUCUCCACCUGCCUUCCUGACCUUCGCUGGGGUCCUCCGAGCCCCAGGCCGGCCGGUGCCCCCCUCUUCAGUUCCAGGAGGCAGCUGAGACGGAUGGGGGGGCAGAUCUCAGACUCAUGCGGAGGGACCUCCCUGCCCUGUGGUGGUCGGGCCUCCUGGAAACUGUGAAGACCUCACUCUGCCCCCCCCCCCCCAAUCUUGAGGACCAGGACUUGCACAGAGGGACAAGCAUCCACCCAUAAGCCCCCUCUUCUGAGCAAAGAUAUCCUCCCGCCCCAUCCCCCUCACCCCCCAGGGCUCUUACAUACUCUCAUCCUCGGCACCAGGCCCCCAGGCCCCCAGGCCCCCAGGCCCCCGUCUGGAGUUUCACCCAAAUUCCUUCUCCUCUCCCAGAGCUGGUGGAGCCAGGGAAUUGCCACUCCCCUCCCCCCUCGACCCGCAUGGAUGAGGAGGGGGAGUUGGGCUGCAGCCAGGCACUGAUAAUGUAAAUUAUUAGGCAUUUUGGUUAGAUGUCUUUUGUAAUAAACUAUUUUUGUACCAUA